GGUUGAAGCAAGGAUUUUUAGCGGUCGCCAGCCUGAAAUCAAGCUCGAGAGCCAUUAAUUAAUCAGACGGGAGGGAAGCGAGAAAUUCAAUAAAGUUAGUGGGAUGAAAAAAAUAAAAUUAACGUAGAAAGAUUUCCAAUCGGCAAAACGACUGAUCUUUGUAGCCCCAAUACACGAAUAGAGGCCUCAACUUCUGAGGAGCGACUUUAGCAUAAUAAUACAGAAACUUACAUUACGUACAGGACACAGUUGUACUUAAGAUGGCUGACUUCAAUCUGAUUGAUGCACUACAUGAAAGUACACCCAGUGUUGAAUUGGAAGUUAAAAGAGACUUCAUUUCUUCUCUGGAGGCAGAAAAAUAUGAUGAUGUUGUUGGAGAAAGCGUGACGAAAGAAAGUUAUGUUCCAUUACUGGAUGAUGAGACAAAAUUGCCUCCUUCAGAGGCUGAAGGGAAAGCAGCGGCACAAUUGUAUGGAGAAACGGUACCUGAACAAGCUGAUGGAGGACAAUUGGCAGAAUGUUCUGAAGCAAGUGAGCAAGGACCAGUGGAGCUGCCCAAUGGGGAGCAUGGUGGAAGACAAGCUGAUAGCACAGAAAUGCACAAUGUUUCAGUUGGCGCAGAGCUGUUGCCUUUUGGUAAUAAACAUCAUGAAGAUGAGGUGGCAAUGAAUAUGAUGUCGCAGUCAGCACAGAUGAGCACAGAAUCUCCCUUCAGCCUUCUUGGCACUAUAGAAGGACCUGGUGCAGAGGGGCUAUUGAACUUUGAACCUAUUUUGUCUCCUGCACACGAAAAAAAGGGCCCAACAAUGUCUUGCCAAGAACUGCAACACCUAAGCUCUCCGACUGAAGUUACAGAAGAACCAACAUUUGAAGAAAAGGGAAGCCAAGAAUUGGUCCAGCUUUCUUUUGAAGAAGUGGCUUCUCAGCAAGGAGAAAUGCUUGAUACUACUCUUAAAACCAGAGAUUCCAUGGCUGCAGUUACAGCACCCUUAGCAUUUGAAGAAGACCUUUGCGCUAAUCAGGAGGAAGUCACAAACAGCAGCAUGACACUUUCACCAGCAGAGGUGGAAUCUAUUACAGAACUUGAAGGAAAUCUGGUUGCAGAAGUAAAACCAUUGGAACAAGACUUGGUAAAGGCUGAAUUGCCGCUGACACCAGCUCUGGAGCCCAUAGAGUCUGCACAGACAAUAGAAGAAGAAUUGGGUGUACCAUUCACCAGCUUGACUCAAGUUGAAACAUCUUUCCACCCUGUAGACUGCAGUGAUCCAGUUUUGAGCAGUGCUGGCAUAAUGGAUGAUCACUUAGUUUCAAACAUGAUGAAGACAGAGGUCACAGUUAAUGCUCAACUGCAAGCACCAAUAAACAACUCACCGAGCACCGUGCAACAGGAGAACUUCGGCCAUGGUACUGAAACUCCUGUGUUCACGGAACCAUUCCCACCCACCUCCAGAAACAUUGACUUUGCAAAGGGCACUGGGGUACUUACCAGCACCACCACAAGCACAAUUGCCCCAGUUACAGAAGUUUCACCUUUGGAACAUCCUGAGAAAGACAAGUUUGCAAAUGAAGUAAAAGAAAUUGCACAAGCCAAAGAACCCCAAGUAGUAAAAGUAGCUGUGGAGAAGAAAAAGAAAAAGAAAAAGCGUUCGCAUCCAAAGGCAUCUCAGCCUGUAGUGGAUGUUCCAGCUAAAGCUAAAGAUGUUCAUAGAAUUAUUUCUGAUCAACGUCUAGAAGAGCUGCCUGCUGGAGUGAUACAAGAGCACAAAGAAAUCAUCUUGAACACUGAGAGAUCAUUUAAGGAGACAUCAGGAAUGAAGGAAAAAGCACGACAGGUGGAUAACACAUCAAGUCAAAGCGGUGUUUGGGCAACAGGAAGUGCCGGGGAUAAAAUGGCAUGUGCUCCAUUGCAAGAUAUUAAGGGUUCUUCAGAGGUUCGUAGAGCAGACAUAGUAGGGAGUCAGAGAGGAGAGGUGGCUUUUUCAGACAGCACAUCACAGGUGGAAUUGAUUUCAGAAGUAGAAUGGACUGAGCAUCCUUUGGAUUCUUGGAGCAGAGAGGUUACCUCCCCUGAAUCUCUCCAAACAGGUGAAGUAGAAAAAGUAAUACCUGAAUCUCUCCAAACAGGUGAAGUAGAAAAAGUAAUACAGCCAUCUUUAGAACAGUGGAGUGGUGAAAAUGCUCCUUGCAAGUCACAGAAAAAGUCUGAGGUAAACAAGUUAGCAAUAACUUCUCUAGAACUUGGGGAUAUAGAAAAUGCUCCCCCUGAGUCAAUGAAAGUGCCUGAAAUGAAGGAGAUGGAGGUGUCUUAUAUAGAACACGUGGAUCCAAAAACUGCGCCCUCUGGAUCAAAGCAGACAUCUAAGGUGGAUGAAAUAGCAGAGACCCCUCUAGAAAAUGGGAAUAGAGAAAUUACUGUCCCUAUGUCGCAGGAAUGCUCUAAAGUGGGAGAAGUGGCACAGACCUCUCUGAAACUUGGAGGUGAAGAAAAUGCUUUCCCUGAGUUGCAGCAAUCAUCUGAGGUAAAAGAAAUGGCAGAAGCCCUAACUGAGAACCUAGGUAGAGAAACUUCAUCCCUCAAGUGGAAGGAAGUACCUGAGGUAAAGGAGAUGGCAAACCCUUGUGUAGAAAAUGUUGCUAGUCAAAAUAUUCCUCCUCAGUCAGAGCACAUGCCUGAGGAGAAGGAGAUGGUAGAGAACUCUCAACUUGUUUGCAGAAAAGUUGCUCCCCCUGAAUCAAAGAAAACAUCUGAAAUGAACAAGGCAGCAGAGAUCCCUCUGUAUCACCUGAGUAGAGAGAUGGGUGGCCUUGACUCUCAACAAAUGCCUGCGGUGAAGGAGAUGGCAGAGAUGCUUAUAGACAAUGUAGAUACUCCCUUUGAAUCAAAUAAAUUGCCUGAGGUAAAGGAAGUAGAUGGGCAUUCUCUGGAGCAAGUUGCUAAACAAGCUAUCCCCCACCAGUCAGAGGAAACAUCAGCAGUGACGAAGUUAGCAGAAAGCCCUUUGCACAGUAUGUACAGAGAGGCAGGUGUCCUUGAACCAGAGCAAAUGUCAGAGAUGAAGGAGAUAGUACAGAGCCCUCUGCAACAUCCGAGUAAAGAAAUGGGCUCCCUUGAGUUAGAGCAAACAACUGAGGUGAAGGAGAUAGCAGAACACCCUCUGAUGAGAGAAGCAGGUGUUCUUGAGUCACAGCAGACAUCAGAGGUAAUGGAUGUGAUAGGGACCCCUCUGGAACAUGUGAAUACAGAAAUGACUCCCCCUGAUUUACAGCAUACUGCUGAAGCGAAAUGGGUAGUGGAUACUCCUUUAGAGCAUUGCAGUACUGUAUUUACUUCCACUGAAUCGCAGCAGAGAUCUGAGAUAAAAGAACUUGAGAGUCCACUGGAAUGUUGGAAGAGUGAAUCUGCUUUCCCUGAAUUGCAGCAAAGUUCUGAGGUGAAUGAGAUGAUGGAGGGUCCUUUAGAAUGUCAAACUGAAAUCAAACUCUCAGAGUGCACUGACCAAGUUGCACCCCUAUCACUGAAGCAUGAAGCAUCAAAACCACUGGAUAAUAAUGAGGGGAAAAGUCCAAAGUCUCCAUUGAGAAAAGGAGGUGCAAAGCUCCUCCAAAAGCGAGGAUUCACUAAAGGUAUUUCACAGAAGGAGACUGGUGCAAAAGUGUCUCCUGAACAGCACAGGGCCUUGAAGACUUCGGUGCAACCGAAGGUAGCAAAGGCUCCAAACCAACGACGGGGAGAUAAUGACCCUCUAGAACCAAAGGAGUUUGGAAAUGUUAAUGCACAGUCUGACCAGGGGCAUCUGGAUGAAGGUCCUCGUCAAGAUGAAGCCAAACCAGAGGAAGCAACGACAGAGGACAUGAACAAAAAAGAGACUGCUGCAGUCUCCAAAGAGCACCCACAAACCCCUGAUGCAAAAGGAAAGCCGGGCACACUGACUACAAAGAUCUCACCAACCAAAACUAAACCACAGCCUUCAGCUUCCCUUAAGCGACCUGCGGCAGCUGCUCCGAGCCCCAAUAAAAAACUCAAUACAUCCACUAUGACGGCAGCUACCACUUCCAAGCGACUUCCUUCUAGUCUGGCGCGGUCUUCUUCUGCGACCAACAAAGAUGUGAAACCAAAGGCAACUGAGGCAAAGAGUCCAACGAAGCCCCCCUCAUCUAGACCACCAUCUGCAGGUGUGACAAAAACACCCAGUAACACUACUAUUAAGAGCAGUACAACAUCACUGCAAAAGGUAGCAACUACUGCUGGGUCAACUCCAAGAAAUACCACACUUUCGACCCCUAGAAGACCAACAUCUAUCAAAACUGAACCGAAAUCUACAGAAAUCAGGAAGUCCCUGUCUGCAAAAUCUCCCUUGGGUGAGACUGGUCGCUCAAAGACUACUUCCACAACUUCUAUUAAGAGCACAGGCACUACCCCAAGUACGCCAAGCACACCUCUUGGCGUGAGUAGUCCUGGAACUCCAUCAUCUAACACCCCUCGGGCGCCCAGAACAUUGGCUCUGAAGACAACAGCUGCUUCUGAGGCCAAAAGAGUUGCACCUAUUUCCCGGACACCUUCAAAACCCACCGUAGCAGCAGGUCCAAAGCAACUACGACCAACCAGUGCCCCAGCUCCAGACCUAAAAAAUGUCAAAUCAAAAAUUGGAUCCACAGAUAACAUCAAGCACCAGCCUGGAGGAGGAAAGGCUAAAUCAGUAGAGAAAAAACCCGAGCCGGUAAGAUUGAACCGAAAAGUUGAACCCAGCACUGUGAUUCGAGUAGCUAAAACCACAACCACGAAAGAUAGUCAAAAACAAACCAAUGGCAAAGUCCAGAUUGUGAACAAAAAAGUUGACUACAGUCAUGUGCAGUCUAAGUGUGGCUCCAAGGAUAACAUUAAGCAUGUUCCUGGUGGUGGCAAUGUGCAAAUUCCAAAAGCCAAAGUGGACGUGAGCCGUGCAUCAUCAAAGUGUGGAUCCAAGACCAAUCUAAAACACAAAGCAGGUGGUGGGGAUGUGAAGAUCGAGACCAGCAAGACCAAUUUCAAAAACAAAGCUGAGUCAAAAGUUGGGUCCUUGGACAACGUCAACCAUACCCCAGGAGGUGGCAACGUGAAGAAUGAGGGUGAAGAAGAAUCAGAAUCAGCAACAAUCAGUCAGACUCCAGAAAAUGGGGAACUGACAGGACAAGCUGAGAGUGGGACACAGCAAAAUGGAGUAGGGGUGGACCCAACUGCCGGGUCUGACGAAACUCACAGCCAAGAGUUACACAUACAGGAGACAUAUUGAAUCUCGCAAGCUGAUGUUCCGUGAGAAUGCCAAGGCCAGGACAGACCACGGAGCAGACAUUGUGUACAAAUCCCCCGUUUCGGACAACACCUCUCCUCUCUGCAGCACAUCACUAACUGAAAGCCUCAGCUCCCUUGGAUCUCCGCAGCUUGCUAUUCCUGCUGGAUAUGUGUCUGCCACUCUAGCACAGCAGAGCUUGUGAAUUUAUUCUUUCUUCUUAUCUUCAUGUUUGUGUCAAACUACAUUUAACAAAAACAAGAGGUUUAGCAUCAUUAACAGGAUUUGUGCUUUAAAAGGAACCUGUUCCUAUUGAGUUAUUUCAGGGCUGGGGAGCCAUUUUACAUCCUUAUUAUCUUUUAGAUAGAAAAAAAUCUUUAUACAAAUCCUUGUUAUCUCUGCCACAUAUAUCCUUACUGGCAAAUACCUAUUAGACUUACAUUCUUCUGGAAUAAGGUGGGCUUGAAGCUUGGAUGGAACAACCACAAUUGGCAAUACUAUAUUGUAGACUGGUUAGGAGAGUACAUUGGAUCAUUUUACCAUGAAGUUUGACAGAUAAGGUAGAUAGAUUUAGGGAAUAUAAAACCACCCUAGUCCCAUCUACUGUGGGAAGGUAAAUCUUGCCCCCACAUUCUCAAAUGGCAUUAGUGAAUGAAGGCAAUAUCUCAUACUUUUUAAAACAAAUCUUUUCCCUAAGUUUUUGUCUUUUCUCUUCAUUUUCCUUCUGAAUUUGAGAAAUGUCCUUGACCUAUGGCCUGCCCUUGCACUGUAAAUUUUGUUUUAAGUGAUUUUGCUCUUCUCCCAGAGUCUAAUUGCUUAUGAAACUCUGAACAACAUGUUCUGUUAAAGUUUACCAUAUUCUAGAUUUAUCCUUUCAUUAUUUGCCUCAUUUUCCUGUAAAUAUUAUCGUAUGUCAAAAAUACAGAUAAUUAGAACAAAUUGAAUUUGCACAUUUGGAAUGGACAAGGCAGGGGAAGUGAGUUGGUAGAGGAAGACAAAAACUAUAUUAUUACAAAGUAAAAUGUUUUUGAAUGUUGGUGAGCAAUCUUCAAGCCUUAAGGGUUUGUUGCCGAAGAUACUUUUUAAAGAAAUUGCAAUCAUUAUCUUCCCUGAGAGAUUUUUUUUAAGAGCCUUAUUUCUGUCAAUAUCAGUCAGUGCACUGUGAUACAACUUAGCCUGGAGUUCAGAGUUGUAGAAUCCUGCACCACAGAAGAAGCUAUUUGUCCCAAUACACCUGUGCUAACUCUUGGAAAGAGCUAUACAAUUAGGCUCAUUCCUUCCUCUUUCCCCACAGCCCUGCAUCUGCCUUUAAUUCUUGCCUCCAGCUCAAGAAAUUGUUGUUGCAAAGCUGAAGCUGGAACUUCAGUGGAGGUCUAUUUUGUUACCUGUCAUUGAGCUGGAUGCUAAGUCAUAAAUGGAAAGCUAGUAGGAUUAAAUCAAAUGAACUACUUCUGAGAACUGUGCGGAAGUACAGAUGUUGGCACUAGCUUGUUGGAUGCUAGAGGCCAAGUGGAAAUACUUUAAAACGCACACUCUUAAUCUUUGCCUGGGCACUCAUUGUUACCCAAACUGAAGGCAGAUAGGGUUAACAUUAAUUCAUCCAUUAAAUUGUAGAAUAUCUUUCCCUUCCACUGUAUACCCUAUAGAGAGAUCUCUUCUAGGUCCAGGAGCUAUAUCUAUCCAUUCUGACUGAAUUCCUGCAGGUUCCCCGAGGUCCUUAGGCAUUGACAUGUCCUUUGCUAUUCUGCAUUUUUCCUCUUCUAAAGUGAAACAGCAGCUUAAAGUGGAUAAAACAAAAAGCAAACCAUGAAGAUGCUGGAAAUAAUCAGCAGGUCAUUCAGUACUUGUGAAGACUGGUCAUUGAAACUUUAAUCUACUUUCCUCUGUCCACAGAUAUUGUGUUUGUUUUCAUUUGAAGUAGUGGAAUUUUGUUCCCCCCCACCCAAUCUCUUUCCUCUGUCCCCCUCCCCUCUAACCAAAGACAACUUCUUCACACCCUUCAUUUGAAUGCCACGUCUACAAGAAUUGUCUCAGUCUUUAAAUCUUUAAAAAAAAAUUCUUAAAAUAAAUCUUAUACAGAGGAGCAAAGGUCCCUAGUUAUAUAAAGUAGAAAAGUUUUUUGGUAUUUUGCACGGAUGCAUGGCUAAAGUGUCUGUGCUCCAGGUAAUGAUUGCUGUAGAGUCAUACAGCAGAUAACUGGGCCCUUCAGCCCACUAUAUCCAUGCUAGCCAUCAAGCACCUAUCAAUAUUAAUCCCAUUUAUCAGCACGCAGUCUGGAAUCUUCAAGUACUUAAAUGUUGUGUGAGUUCCUGGCUUCACCACCCCCUCAGGAAGUUUAAUUUUAAUAUUUUAAAUACCACUUCUCUCUUUCAAAAUGUCUAAACUUACGGUAUACCUCAAUCCCAGCAGCUAUUGUUGCAAUGGGAGCAUGUUGGUUUGUUGUAAAGGCACCUUUUGCAAGAUAUUCGUAAGUCGUUCUUUUGAAGUGACCUAGAGCAGCUCAUUAUUAGUCAUAUAGCACAGAAACAGGCCCUUUGACCCACCAUAUCCAUAUUGACUAUUGAGUACCCAUCUAUACUAAUCCCAUUUUUCAGCACUUGGCCCAUGGCUGCCUUUGCCUUGGCGAUUCAAGUGUUUGUCUUAAAUGUUGUGAGAGUCCCUACCUCCACCCCUCAGCUCCAAGGAAAACAAAUCCAGUUUAUCUAGUCUCUCCUCAUAAUCGAAAUGCUCCAUCCCAGGCAACGUCCUGGUGAAUCUCCUCUGCACCCUCUCCAGUGCAAUCAUGUCCUUCCUAUAGUGUGGCAACUAGCACUGCACAUAGUACUCCAGCUGUAGCCCAAUCAAUGUUUUAUAAAGUCGUACCAUAAUCUCCAUGUUCUUAUAUUCCAUUCCCUCAUCUCAUAAAGGCAAGUGUCCCAUAUGCUUCCUUAACUAUCUUAACUACCUGUGCUGCCACCUUCAGGGAUUCAUUGGACUUGUACAGAGUGACCUUGGUGUACCUCUGUACAUUCACUAGGGUCCUACCUUUUUUUGCGCCUAUCCUACCCUUAUUAGUCCUUACAAAAUGCAUCACCUCGCACUUAUCAGAAUAAGUCACCAAGUGUCAUUGGUCUUCCCAUCGUACUAACUGAUCAAUAUCAUCCUGUAGUCUGAGACCAUCCUCGUCAUAAUCAACACUACCACCAAUUUGUGUGUCAUCUUCAAACUUUCAAAUCAUACCUCCUACAUUCACAUCCAGAAUGUUGCUGUAGACAACAGUAAGGGUCCUGGAACUGAUCCCUGCAGUGUGUUAAUGGUCUCUUUCACACAAACACACACAGUUUACCCUGUACUUCAACUAAAGUCCUUUUGGAAUGAAAGUGCAGUCAUCUCUGUGCAACUGUCAAGGUGGUUGUACCCAGUUUGGAGGAGAACUAGGAGAGGAGGGGGAUUGGUCACAUUUGGAUAUGGCUCAUAGCCAUUGUCUAUCCUUUUUUUUUCAUUAAGAACAAGUCCUGUUAGUGAAUAAACCAGAGACAUUUCUUACAGUCUUCGCAGCUUCUGUUUUCCGCCUCAGUGUUUAAGUUUGUUUUUAAAAAGAACUGUAAAUUGUUUUAACUUGUAGAUUUCUUCAAGUUUAAUCUUUGGUGAUGAAGUACUGACUAUUAUAUAAUGAGUAGUGAUUUAAAGACGAUACGAUUAACUCUUUUCUAAGCAAUAUAAUCUUUGAAGGUUGUGUCAAAUGGAGCACUGCCUUAAAAGUUGUUCCAGGAGGGAUGAGGGACUGAGUUGGAGUCGGCCAGGAUUUGUAAAAUUGUUUUUGGUGGUUGGUAAACAGGAUGGCAGCUGCAUGUAGAAGUGAUGUUUGUGCAGAGUCUUAUGAAAUGAAGGGUCAAGGAUAGGAAAGCAAUUAGACUUAAUGCACCAAUAUGUAGGAAAGAGCAAACUAGAAUGAGACCUUUAAAGUUGUUCAGUCAUGACAAUAUUGCAAAUGAGUGGAGUCUGGGCCUGUGUUGCUUUUGUGUGGUUUUUAAAUUUAAAUACUAAAAUGGAAGGUCAUACACACAAUAACUGUGCAGAGUGCAAUCAUAUACUUGUGUACUAGAGUAUGUUUAGGCCUCAUAAUUGGCAAAGCAGUGCUUGUUCUAAGUUUGGUAAUUGGUCUCCAAAGGGACAGUUUAGAUUAAAGUUAAAUUGUUGAGAUUGGCUUCACCAUGUGUUGGGUAGGGCUUGUAGUUCGGUGAAGAGAGUCAGGUAAAGGGUAUAGUUAUCUGAAGCCCAAAGAGGCAGGGUUCUGGGGACUGACUCCAGAGUUGUCUGUACGUAACAUUGUUCAUUUCUGAGGAAUUUUUAAAUUGUUCACAUGAUCUAUAGUGAGAGUAAAGCUUUGUCGCCACUGAGUGUCUUCCUUGUUUUUGGAGAGCCACUAGAGGGAGGGAAUGCAUUUAAUUUAUUCUGGCUCUAGCAAACAUGGAGUGAGGUCUGGACAUAUCUGGAGGCAUGGCAUUCACCUGUUCCCUGCUCCACAUGCACUGACUGUAGCAGAGGGUGCACAGGUGGAUGUUGGUAUCUUUGAUGGAAAUUUCAGGGAUAAAAGGUUAAAGAGGAAUCACGAGAGAUGCAUCUGGAUUUCAUACACCAAAAGAUUUACUUUAAAAGUAAAGUCAUGUAUCUUAAUUGAAGAAGCAAUGUUGGUUUAUUGAUCAAGGUUUGGCAGACAUUAUUAAUUCUAAAGUUGCUCAGAAAAGAACAAGCUUAACACUCAUUGUUCAUAUGUCAUUUUCAAAGGGAUUUACUGCCUCUGUACCAGUUUGUUUGGUACCACCAUUGCCCCUUGUUAGCUUACAAUUGCAAUUGCAUUCAGACCCUGUACUUAACAUUUUAAACACUAUUCAGAAUCACUCAAGUAUUUUAAAAUAUAUAACAUUCUAUUGCUGUUUAUACUUAAUUCGGAGUAGUUCUAGAAUAUGACUGGCUAUAAUAUCAUUGUUUUAAUCUCUGCACUAAUACCCAGAUGUAGGUGAAAUUGGAUUUGAAACUGAAAAGUAUUAAUGACAUUUAUUGAGUUUUGUUGACUUUUAGAAGUGGCUUCAUUUAAAUUGGUCUGAUCUGCUCUGCUUUUCCCUUCAACCUUUCUACCAGAAAAAAAAUACGUUUACAUGUGGAACUACGUCUGAUAGAUUCAUUUCAGUACAUAAAAAUUACAUUUGCACAGAAUUGAUCUGUUGAUUUCAGGAAAACGAUGGGAUUGCUCUGGUCCCAACAGUCCCAGAGAGAUUGGUUCAGGUUUACAAUUGUAUUGGAAAAACGCUCUUAAAAUUUUAUGCACCCAUUUGUAAAGAAUUGUAUACCCUCCUAGGUGUGAGAAUUUCAGAUGUUAUGUGCAUGUGUACUUGUUGGACAGAUCAUUUUUAAUAUGAUGUUUGUGCUGCUGUGAUUGUAUUUUUUUUAGUUUUCUUACCUUUGUGUGGUUUAAUGUGAAUUGGUCUGUGUCAGGAGUUGGGAAUUAUACCCUUGACAUCAUCUGAAUCUCAUUUGCUUUUAAAAAUCUGCUAUUAAUACUCCCUAGUACUGCCUGGAGAGGAAUGGAGAGCUAUUGGAAUGGGGAUUGAUUUUGGAUCUCUGCACAAUUAAGGUAAUUGGGGCAGCAAUAGGGACUGCACAAUUGGAUUCGGCCCUUUUAAGCUCAUGGUGAGGUGUAGGUGGAUUAGUGAAAUCAGCCUUGGGUCCCAUUCAACCUCAGCCUCCUGUGUACCUAAUGCAUGUUCAUUUAAGGAAGUGUUAGGUUUCAUACCUUCUGUAUGGUCUGGACAGAUUGAAUCUUCAUAUGGUUAUGGAUGGGUAUCUACAGAGCCACUUGGAGGGACAGAAGCUGAUGUGUUUGUUGGGGGUGGGGUGCUGGAAAGCUGCAAACAGUAAUCAAAAGGGCCUUUAAUGUGACCUUUAAAUGUAUUGAUGGUAAUUGAUUAAGUGCUCAUGACUAUAUUGCUCUUUGUGGCAAGUUGAUGUAUGCAAAUCACUGCUACAUUUCCCACAACAGUGAUUACACUUGAGAAAUACUUCCUUGGCUGUAAAUCACUUCAGAAAUGUUUGAAAGGGACACAAAGGCACUGUAUAAAUGCAGGUCUUUUGUUUGAUUUGAGAUUCCAGUAAUCAAUGUACAUGCAUCUGGUUCCAAAGGUGAUGUUUAAUGUGACCCACAACUUCCUUAUCCUGCCAUUCCCACCCCCAAAAAUAUUCUUGUUACUGACCAGUGUGAUUAGUGGUCACACCACAACUGGUACUCUCCAAAAUGAGAAUUGAAUUGUUCCUUUAAAUAUUGAAAUACUGUUGAAUUGUGAAUUGUUCCUUUAAAUAUUGAAAUACUAAAUUUUAAAAACCUGCAUGUACUAUUUAGAUUAAAAAGCAACCCUGUAUGGAAUUAUAGCUGACAGCCUUUGAAGGGAAAAAGCAAUAACUUGUUCAAUCCACUGAUGGUUUGCACUCUGUGCCAGGUACGUCUGGGGUUUGUAGAACCAGUGUGACCAGCGUCUGAUUCCGCAGUGGCUGUGUGUUUGACAGACAUUGUGCUUGAUGUUUAAUGAUGUGGAUUCUGUUGUAUAAAGAAAACACUGUAGUCCACUCCAGGACCAGCAUAUCCUCAUCAUAGUUGUUCCCUUUCCUCCACCCCCAGAAUGUAAUAACGUGUUAGUGCCUGCAGUGAGACUGGAUGACUUACAGCUUUACUGAAGUAAUAAAAGGGGAAACCUGUAUUUCUAACCUUCAGCCUCCAGUCAAAGACUGAUUCUGCUCUCUUACAGUGGGGGGGGGGGGUCCUCACAUCAUGGACCUCCACUGUAGUAUGGAUUGCCAGAAUGAAUACCUUUUUGUUGGGUCAAUUCAUGAGAGCAAUGGUUUAAAUAGAUUGCUGCCCCAUGGCACAGGACUGAAAGUGUUAGUGCUUUCUCACUUUUAAUUUUGCAUACGCUGAUGGAUCUGUGUCCACUAAAGAUUCACCCUUGCACGACACAAUGGUAAUUUCCUCAAAAGUGACACAAAAGGGAAUUAGCAGGAAUUUGUAGCCAAAACACUUUUUAGUAAUAAAAGGUGAGAAAAAUCCAGAGAUCAUUAUAGGGGACUUAGAACCCAAAUAUUCUUUUCCCUCCUUUUGCUUUCCCUGCUCCCCCCCCCCCCCCCCCCCCGACCCCACUUUCUUUUUUUCCUCUCCCUUGCCUCCCAAAUUGUUCUUCUCUGCUGAGGUGCAUUUAGGACCAGCAGUUCAUAGGCAAAUUUGUCUGGCAGUUUAUGCUAAUCAUUUUUAUUUUCUAAAGAAAUCUUUCCUAAAUUCCAUUACCAAUCUUUUUUGCUGCGUUAAGUGGGGGAAGGCUUUAAUGGCCUUGAAAUUUCAGUUCAUUUUGCUAGAACCCUUUACGAUUCAUUGGUGCUAUUUUUAAUGAAAUUAUCACUUCCCUUUGAAGAAGUUUGAAGCAUCCGUCCGCUAAAGUCACAGAACACAAGUUUGAGGCACUAUUCUUUCCCCAAAAAAAUAAUUGUCAUUUUUACAUUUCAAGAUGAGAAGCGAGACUUAGGAAAAAAGUAAGCUGUUACUGAAGACCAAGGAACACAAGUUGAUUUUUGUGGUUUUUUAGAAUCUAUAAAUGGAUUUUAAAAAUAGUAACUGGCUGCAGCAGUGAGUACCUGGGUGAAGUGGUACAGUAUUUCCGCUGCUGCUAUCGUCCUUGCACACGUUUAAUAUUCUGGAAAUUUUCUUCUCGCUUUUGCUGUUUGGCCGCUAAUAAGCAACAUCAUUGUGGCAAAACUCAAUUCCCAUUGUUUGGUCCUUAUUGUACAAGUAAAGGUUUGAAAUAAAGCUUAAAUGUUGAUGUUA